UCUCAUCUGCCUUGUCCGCCUCCACAGCUGUCGUCAAUGGACAAAUGCUGUAGCAAGGAUCAUGGUGGCGAAAAGUGUAGUGACUUUACUGUUUCUAAUUUGUUGCAUCGUUGGAACCGAGAACAAUAAAGAUAUUUUCAAUGGACAAACAUCUAAACUUUCCAGCUACACUGUUGUAAAGCCUCAGCUUGUUCACAGGAGAUGGGCAAGAAAUGUCGACAGACGUCCUGACUCGGGAAAGACUGAAGAACCCGAGGAACGUUCUUAUUCAUUGAUCAUUGACAACAAGGAACAUUUCCUACAUCUACAAAAGAACACGUAUUUUUUAUCCAAAAGCUUUGUUCAGUUUUCCCAUGAUGCCACUGGGAAUCUGACCGCCUACAUAUCGUAACAAAAACCUGAUGAUAAAGUCCAUUGUUAUUACCAUGGGGAUGUGGAGGAUCAUGAAGAAUCUUUGGUCGCCCUCAGCACCUGCUCAGGCCUCAGGGGUGUCAUUCUCCUUGGCAACCAGAGUUAUGGGCUGGAACCAGUCAAGCAGUCGACAAACAACGAGCACCUCCUCUACCGCCUGGAGCACAGCCAAUCGGAGCCCUUUGUCUGUGGAGUGACCAAUGAGUCGUCGCGCACUGAGAGUCACUCGCCUUUCGACCCUUCCCUCUCGAUGACGGCACUGUUACGGAGAAAACGUAAUCUACCUCAGACCAGAUAUGUAGAGUUGGUGUUGGUUGCUGACUUUCUCAGGUACACCUACAAGAAGAAGAACGAGACAGCGGUACGAGAGGAGAUGGUGGAACUAGCCAAUCUGCUGGAUGGGUACUAUAAGAGGCUGAAUGUCCGCGUGGUGCUGGUAGGCCUGGAGAUCUUUAAGGACGCCAACCCCUUCAGUGUGGAAGGCUCUGCGGGGGACGUGUUGGGACUGUUCGUCAAGUGGAGGCAGACAGUACUGCUGCCGCGGAUCAGGCAUGAUGACGCACAGCUAAUUGUUGGUCUGGGAUCCUGGGCAGGGCAGUGUGUUCUGGAGGUGUUUGGGUCCACAGUGUGUUCGAUGUCCACCGCUGGAGGAAUCAAUGUGUAUAGUGGUGACGAUCUGGGCUACGUCUCUACUGUCGUGGCCCACGAGAUGGGCCAUAACCUGGGCAUGAAUCACGACAACGGUCGUUGUAGCUGUAACGGAGGGAGCUGUAUCAUGGCUGCCUCGGCAACUGGAUCCACCCUCUUCAGUGACUGUAGUGCCUCUGACUUUGAGCGCCUGGUCCUGCGUGGAGGAGGGGUGUGUCUGUUGAACCAGCCCUCCCAGUCCAACAUCGUCUCUGUGGCUAAAUGUGGCAACGGCAUGUUAGAGGAAGGAGAGGACUGUGACUGUGGAACACCCCAGGAAUGUACCAACAAGUGCUGUGACGCGGCCACCUGUAAGUUGACCUGGGGAUCGGCCUGCGCUCAGGGAGCCUGCUGCAAGGACUGCAAGAUCAGCGUGUCAGGGACACCGUGCAGGGGAUCUGUCAACUCAUGUGACCUCCCAGAAUACUGCAACGGCUCCACCUCCUACUGUCCAUCUGACUUCUAUAUCAUGGAUGGGCUUCUCUGUGAGAACAACGCGGCGUACUGUUAUGAGGGCCGCUGCCAGACCUACGACUACCAAUGCAAACAACUUUUUGAAACAGGUGCAAGCAAAGCAGCAGACAUCUGCUUUCAGACGGCGAAUCUAAAGGGAGAUGCGUUUGGGAACUGUGGAAUGACGUCGUCAGGGACCUAUGUGAAAUGUAGUUUGGCUAAUGCCAUGUGUGGGAAGGUACAGUGCACUAACGUAAACACCAACAACCCUCCUCCUGGAGGCUCGGUCAGUAACCAGAUCAUCGAUGGUUCUUCGUGUGUCAACGCAGACUUUAACCUGGGCUCUGAUGUUCUGGACCCUGCCUAUGUCAACCAGGGCAGCCCCUGCACCAAGGGGAAGGCCUGCCUUGACUUCCAGUGUGUGAAUGCCUCAGCUCUACUGUCUGUGGACCUCCACUGUGACGCCAACAACACAUGUAACAGCCGAGGGGUGUGUAACAACCAGGGCCAUUGCCACUGUAAUGACGGCUGGGGACCUCCUAACUGUGCCAAGUCAGGGAGAGGGGGCAGUGUGGACAGCGGGCCUGCACAGAUAGAUUAUUCCCUGAGGGACGGCCUGCUGAUCUUCUUCCUCCUGGUGGUUCCCAUCCUGGUCCUGCUGGUGUUAGUGCUGCUCUAUGUGUUCAGAAGGGAUACCCUGGAAAGAUGCCUCAAAGGACCACGCUCCAGGCGCUCUAGGUCAAGAAACACAGCGAAUGGCCAAGCGAAUGGCAAUGCCCAGAAACAACCAACGACACAACCUCCAGCAACACAGGCCCCACCCCCUCAGCCAAUGCCUACAUAUCCACCAUCCUCUACCUCAGACCCAGGUAUUAAUGCUUUAUCGUCUUUAUUGGGGGGAGAGUGUCCAUAUUACAAACACCUUAGUUGUAUGUUUUAA